AACCACACACUGUCAUUUAGGUAAACUAAGCGGCUUCCUGCGAUCUUACGAAUGUGUUAUUCUUCUUCUAGUCACCGCCUUUAGGACAGACUUUUGGUAGCUGACUAAAGUUGACCCCUUUCUAAAUGAAUGGGAGAUCGGAUGGACAGGUGAGCAGCAGACCAGAGACAUAUUCAGCUGUCGGUUGAAACCAAGCAGAUUUAGUCGUUGUUGUAUUUGCGCUGGCCCACAAACUUUUAACUUCGCAUCAGAUACCUAUCAUGUUUCAACCAUGGAAACCGCAUCUUGUGUUUCAGAGUGUGUUAAAGAGGUGUUAUAACAGCUCCUCUGACAUACACUGUGCUUUUCUGUCGGCUGUAUCCCAAACUGCCCUCUGGAGAUGACCUUUACACUCUGCAUAACUACUGCACUACAUGUGGACUAGAAAGUUCUAGUUAUUUCAGUGAUCUAACCUAAACCUUAUUUUACAAACUAGGAAGUAUCAUGUGAAUAUUAGAACAGAGGGCAUCAGAGAAGAACAAUGGAUGCCAUCCAUCUGGGGCUGGGAGCAGUGGAGCUGUGCAGAAAGGCAGAUAAAAUCUACACAGCUGGAGAUGUUAAGGGAGCUGCAGCACUGUAUACACAUGCGUUUGGGCACAAUGCAGGAUCCACUAUGGCCCAUAUGCGCAGCUUGAACAGGAACUGGAUAGAACAAAUCAUUUCAAGUCUGGAAGCUUGGCUCGAUGGACAUGAAGGGACACAGGAGGCCAUGGAGGGCAUUAGCAAAGGACUGGGUGCAGUAUUUCUGUCAACGUUGUGUCCAAAUAAUGUUUCUGCCUCUGUUUUUAAAAUGGAGUCCGUCCUACUAGGAGCUGCUCAUGGCUCUGACCAGAUCUUUGCCCGAUGUUCAUCUCUUCUAGAGGAUAAAAGGUCACCUCAUCCAGAGGGUCCUACACGGGUAAUUGUGGAGUUAACUAGAGCCCUUGCCUGCUUGAUUUCAGAUCCCCAUAACCCAAAAGGCCCUCUGCUGUACCUGCAGGCUUUCCUUGCAAAUCGGUCAGAGACAGUGAGACUGGUUAAAGGUCGGCAUGCGGAGCAUUUGCCUCGAAUAGUCAAAGCUUUCUUUGAGCAAAUGUUCCCCAGAUUCCCCAUGCUCCAUGCUGAGGGCAAAAUGCAUGACACUCUCAAUUAUGAAAAAAAGACUGAGGAUUUCCCCCCUUCUGAAUCAGUCGAUUUUUUAGUUGCUGUUUCACCUGAAAAUACACAAGUGAGAGAGCUUCAAGGAGCUGUGUUGUUUUCCUUGGGCAUAUUUGAUGAAAGUGCUGAGGCUUUGUCCCUGGCUCUGCAACUGGCCAAAUUUCAGACAGAUACAGAAACAAACCUGGAUCUGGUUGUAACGGGAGCGACCCCAGAGCGGAGAGCUUGUUUACUUGUGGCAAAAGCAGCUGCCUGUUUUUCAGCAACUGGACGAGCGAGUGAAGCUUGCCGAGACCUUGCCGAAGGUUUCGCUGUCCACCCUGCGACAGCCAGGCACCAGUUCCAGAAGAUGUUUUCUGACAAUGACAUUGCAGCAGGAGUGCGUUUUGAAUUGCGUCAUCAGGCUGAGAGAGGCCUGUCUAGCUUUAGGGAGAUGGUUCUCCAGAGAUCUGACCUGCGUUCCUGCUCAGGUAUGGAGCUGCUAGACCCUGUCAUUGCCCAGCUUCGAGCUCUGUGUCAUCUGGAGCCUGACGGGGGUGCACGGGAACUGCGGGUCCGGCUGGCAGACUGUCUGCUUCUGCACGGAGAGUUCAAAGAAGCACUGUCCAUCAGCAGCCAGCUUGCUGCAGCCUCCCCUGUGAACUACCAGAACACCGUACAGGUACUACGUGGCUUUUCCCGGCUCCUCUCUGAGGACCACCAAGGAGCUCUGGAGGAUUUCCAGGCCGUAAUUGAACAUAGUACUCCUCAUCCUCUGAGUUGUGUUCGAGCUCUGUGUGGGCGUGGCUUGUUGCGCAUGGUGGCUGGCUCGCAUUACCUCACUGCACUGGACUACAUUACUGCAAGUCGACUACAGAAUCAGGACACAGCACUGACCAUCAGGUGUCUGGUGCCGUGGAACUACCGUGGCCUGCUGUGUACCGUGUUGCUGGAGCAAGGGAGGGCCAUGCUGGAAGAGUGUGCAGGGCAGAGAAAUAUUUCAGGGGCUAAUACAAUUCAGGAACAUCAGGUCAACAACCAUCUGCCAUCUGCCAAACAGACAAAAGACCAUCAGUCCAUGAUGACAAUAGAUGGCAACGCUAUAAACAAAGAAGGAAUGGCAGUAGGAGUACAUUCGCUCGCUCUUCUCCUGAUGGAGUUGCAGCAGGAUGCAGACUUACCCCAGAUCCUUGCGGCUGACGCCCUGUACCAGCUGGACCGUGUUGAGGAGGCAUAUCGCAUUCUCCUCUGCAUGGACCACACAUCUCCUCGUGCACCAGUCCUUGCCCGACUCGCUCUGCUCCAGCUGCACCGGGGCUUCCUUUAUGAUGCCAACCAGUUACUGAAAAAGCUUAUUCAUUGUGGGGACACUAGCUGUUUAAGUUCUCUGCUCUCUGUGGCAGCUCUAAAGGACAGGGAACUUCUAGAGAAACACUGUCACAGUGCAUCAAAACGCAUCCUGCACAGCCAACAAGAGGAAAGUGCCAUCAGAGAGGCUGUGGCCUAUCUCUCUAUUGCCAUUAUGGCUUCAGGUGGCCAAGCAACAGACUCCUUACUGGAGAGAGCUAGAUGUUAUGUUUUACUGGGCCAAAGGAAGACUGCCAAUUUUGACUUCACUGCUAUUCUAAAGGAGCAGAGAAAUCAUGUACAAGCUCUGUGUGGGAGAGGGUUCACUUAUCUAAUGUUAAACCAGCAGAAGGUGGUGUUCAUACUGAGCCCUGAAUGUCUUGAUUUAUAUUUUUUGCAUUACAGUCAUGUUUUUUUAUCAUCAAGAAUUGAAACUCACUUUCUUUUGCAUCCUUCCAAGGAAGCCACACAAGAUAUACUAGCAGCUCUUCAGGUCGAUGCUGAAGAGGUAACUCGGAGUAUCAUGUCCUUAAAAGUCAAGGCCCAGAAGCUGAUCUGUGAAUGGCUACAACAGCACUGUCGUGCCAGUCUAUCCACCAUCCUGUCCACCAACCCUAUACCCUGCCAGCAGGAUUGUCUUAAAGAAGCCUUUCUGAUUAGUGGAGUACUGAUAAAAACUGACAGCAGGGAUCCGAGGUGGCAUCUCCUCUACAUAGACAGCCUGCUUGCCCGAGGGGACUGGAAGGCAGCAGGUACACACCUUCUGCAGAUCUUCGGUCAGGAGCCUCGUGAUGCAGCAGCCCAGGCCAGGUGGGGAGUGGUGGAUAGCUGGAAAAAGAACUACAGAUCAGCAGUGAAGUGCUUGAGUGUGGUGUCUGAGAAAGAUCCCUCAGUCCUAGACUUUCUCCUGACUCUCAUUCAGCCUCAGCAAAAGACACGUCUAGCACAGGCAGCGUCGCAGGAAGCGAGCAGAGUCUCCGAGAGUGGACAGUGGGAGCGCGCACUGGCUCUGCUGACUGUGGCAGUACAAGCCCUGGAUGGAACAAAGCUCCAGCACCUGCGUCAGCGGGCAGCAUGCCUGGCACAGCUGGGUCUUCAUGAGCAGGCAGUGUCAGAUCUGGAUAGGGUCAUACUUUCCCACAGACAGGACAGCAGUGAGGAGGCCAAGGUUAAGGCAGAGGACCUGUGCAGAAGGGCCCGGAGUCUGCUGACCUGCUCGCGGGACGAAGUGGCUCUACACGACUUCUCUCAGGCUUUGGAGCUGCAUGAAGAGCAGGCCCUGCUGUGUGUGGAGGCUGGACCAGGAAGGCAUGGCCUGACCGAGGUCUUUCUACGCUUUGCCCUGCAGAAUUAUGGAGAGCAGCAGCUAGACAAGGCCUGGCGCUUCACAGAGAGUGGCUUGAGGAUAGACGGCAACCAUGGUGAGCUGCGCCGUCUGAAAGCCAGACUUAAACGAGAAGUCUCCAGAACAUGUAUUGUACACUAAAAAAAUUAAACACAUUGGGUUAAUGUUCAAGUAGCAUAAAUGUUCAGGUGCAAGUUAUACAAGUUUUUAAAUUCUGAACAUUUUUCUAUUGCUAUUGCAUUUUUCUGUUUCUUUUAUCACUCAUGUCUUUAUAUAUAAAAUCAUCCUCUAGUUUCAGUUGGAAAGGAUAAACGAUUUGAAUAGAAAAUUGGGAACCACUUUGUAAAGAAAAUGAAAAUAA